AAUCACCUGAUCACUGUGCUGAUCAUGCUGUUAUCAGGUCACGAGGUAGGCGGGUACCGGGUGCAUUCAUAAAUGGUGGGCGUAGCUGAAAAGAUGCACACUGUACUAAUGGAAGAACAAGAGUUCGUCAAAUGCUGCGUACUGGACCCAAAAAGAGUUAAACUAUUACUAAAGUGUCUUGGAUUUGGCUUUCUAUUUAUUUGGAUACUUUUUGGAAGCUACCACACGCGGUCAGAGAGCCGGCCACAAGUUGCUACAUAUCGUUCAUUUUCAGUCUUGCCUGGUGGUAGGAGACUCCUGGCUCAAGGUGAUGCGUGCAGCAAUGAGACCUUUGAGGAUUGUGAGUGUACUGAGAUACAUAAUAUUGAUACUGAGCUCCAGUGUGAGUUUGUUCAGAACGCUACUUCCUGUGGAGGAGAGGCUGGAUAUAUUCCUUACUUUGAGUUUGCCUAUUGUCUCCUACCAAUCAAGCUCCUUCCCCUCUCAUUAAUUAUACUAGCUUUCUGGCUAUGUUAUCUUUUCACAUUUAUUGGGACGACAGCAGAGGACUAUUUCUGCAAGGCACUAACUGUUAUGACAAAGCUGUUGCGCUUAAGCCAAAAUGUUGCCGGUGUUACAUUGCUUGCAGUUGGAAAUGGAGCACCUGAAAUCUUUAGUGUAUUAGCUGCUUUUACUCAUCCAGAUGAAAAAAAGACAUCACUUGCAUUUGGAGCUUUGUUUGGUGCUGGUAUGUAUGUUACUACUGCAGUUGCAGGCGGAGUUGUUCUCCUUCGUCCAUUUGUGCUAACAAAGAGACCUUUCUUGAGGGAUAAUAUAUUUUAUGCCUUUGCUGUUUAUUGGGCUUUGUUCAUUUUAUGGAACAACCAAAUAAAUAUCGGAGAAGCUUUAGGAUUCUUGGCUUAUUACUUCUUUUAUGUGGCCGUUGUUGUUUUUGGCGCCCUCAUAUACCAGAAAUGGGCCAACAGAAAACUUAACUUGUUAAAACUUGGCCAAGAAAACUCUGAGCAAACAAGAAGAAGUGGUAAUGUUGCCAGUGAAACUGUAAGAUGUUCUGACAUUCAUUAUUACUCUGAUCAUGAUGAUGAAAGAAGAAUAGCUGACACUGAUAUUGAUCAAAAAGAUGAUGAAGGGACUAGAUUGCUAAGUGAUGAUGAGAAAUUGACAAUAAGGCAUACUGAACAUGGUCAAUCUAGCCCAAACACUACUCCACUCCACAAUGUGAGAAAUAAACCUACUAAUAAACCAUUAAGUGAUGAUGAUCCAAGUAAUAAAAAGGAUGAAGAGAUAGAAGAAAUUGACCGACCUAAAACACCAGCAGAGAGAUCAGCUUCAAGAGCGUCACAAAAGAUAUAUGGGACAAACAAGGAGGAAGAGAGUGAUGAUAAUGAUCUUGAGAAAGCUCUCUCCAUUAGACCAAUUACACCUCAAUCCCGUCCGACAAGCCGACUAGAACAAGUUAUAGACAAUGUGGCAUAUGUAGCUGAGGACUUAUUUGUUGGUAGUAAUCCUAACCUUGCCAAAGUAUGGGGGCCAGCAUACCGUAAGGAAAAAGCUAAUGAAAAACAUAGAUCUAGUUCACAUGCUUUCAAUACAGCAGAUGAAGGAUCACGUUAUGAGAGUUUUACUACUUCUGAAACAGGUUCAGUUAGAGUUAAAAGUGAUAUAGUGCAAGACGUUCACGUUCCAAAGGAACAAAAUGAAAGACUGCCAUUGAUUGAGAAACCUAACAUUACUUCUGAUAUGUCAUUCAAGCAGAGGCAGUUGAUGGCAUUCAGUAAUUUACUAGAAGCUUUCUUCCCAGUUAGAAGGAAUUUUAUUGAAAGUGGGAAACUCUCCAAGAUUUUCUUUAUAAUUAAAUUGCCUAUUAACUUCUUGCUGACUCUAACUAUACCGGUAGUAGAUUUCACUGAGCCAUUGAAUAACUGGAAUAAAUGGCUUAAUGUCAUUCAUUGUUUCACUUCACCUGUCUUUGCUAGCAUUGUCACUGAAGUUGGACUUUACAAAUUGGGUAAUUCAGAUGUUCCUGCUGUAGUCUUAUUUGCUUUUGCUGGACUAAUUCUAGCAAUUAUAGUGGCAGCGACAUCAUACAGUCACAAACCACCAAUAUAUCAUUGUGUAUAUGCAUGGGCUGGUUUUGUACUCUCUGUCAUAUGGAUAUAUGUGAUUGCAAAUGAACUUGUCAACUUGCUACAGGUUUUUGGUGUUGUUGUUAAGAUAUCAGAUGGUAUUCUUGGUGUUACAUUGCUAGCUUGGGGCAAUUGCAUUGAAGAUACUGUUACUAAUUUGACUAUGGCAAGAAGGGGUUUUCCUAGAAUGGCAAUUGGUGCCUGCGUUGGUGGACCUUUACUAAACUUGCUUAUUGGAGUUGGAUUGGCAUCAGUAGUAAGAAUAAUUAAAGACAGGACACUGGAGUUUAAUUUAUAUUUCACGCAAGUUGAGAUGGUAGCUGCAUUCUUCCUUCUUUUGAGUCUCUCUUCUUCUCUCAUUGCAAUGUCUUGUCUCAAGUUUAAAAUGUACAGGCCUUAUAGUGUAUAUCUUUUCGCCUUUUAUGUUGUGUUCCUUGUGAGUGUUGUUCUUGCUGAGCUACAGGUUUAUAACAUUGAACUAAAGGAAUUGAGUCCUCUUUAAUCAGAUUUGUAAAUUUAUAGCUUUUUAUCAG